AUGAACUUGAUACCUGAAACAGAUAAAAUAGAUAUGGCUUAUUUAAAGUCAGAGAAGAUAGGGAAAGUUAUUACAAAAGGUUUGGCUGAGUUGUAUCGAGUGAAACCAUAAUUUCCUAUUGAAUAUUUAGCAAAAUGGUUGUUAAAUCAUAAUAAGACAGAAGCAAAUAGAGGUUCAAUGCAAGAUCAUAUGAGUCAUAAAGAGGCUUUAAUGUAAUUAAUAGAAAUAAUUCAGAGAGCAAUAGAAGAAGGAAUAGGAAGCUUAAGAAGAGAAAGAUCGUAAAGAGAAACAGUUACAAGAUGAGGAAAAUCUUAAGGAAAUGGAAUUUCAAAAUAUAAUUAAAACUCAUGAAUUCCAUUAAAAAUUAUUGGUUAAAGAUUUUUGUAAUCAUCUUUAAAAGAAGGGUCUUACAGGUGUAUAUGUAGGAUAUGUUGAUUUUCCAAGUAAAUAAAUAAAUGAAAAUGAUGAUGAUGAAAAUGCUCAUCUUGAUACAGAAUAACCAAAAUUGAUAAAAUAUAUAGGAGCAAAUGAUGAUCAUAAUUUUAUGAUUGGUUAAACACUCCCAUUAAAUGAAGUAGGAGUAACUGGAGAAGUAUUCAAAGAGAUUCCACCUCCUGAAGAAGGAUAAUAACCUUAAUCACCUAUAAUUUAUAUACCAGAUGUGACUAAAGAAUAGAAAUUAUUAUAUUUUAAAUGGAAAAAGUUGGGAGCAUUUUUAGCAAUUCCACUUAUAUAUUAAUCAUGUUUGUUUCCAGGUUCAUUAGAUGCUGGAAUAGAGGAGAGAUUGAGAUUCAAAAAAGCUGAUGUUGAAAAGAAAUUAGAGAAAGAAAAUAAAAUUAAUGAAUUUAAUGCUAGAAUAAAAGAAGCAACAGAGACAGAAUAAGAUCCAACUUCUAUUUAAGAAGAAUUAGAUUAAUAUUUAGCAAAUUGGUAAGAUGAAAGUGAAGCACCAUUUUAAUCAUAAAAACGAUAAUUUGUUGUAUGUUUUGAUACUUUGGGUAAAGAUGUUGGAAUUAAUGAGAAAGAUAGAUAAUAUUUUGAAGAUUAUGUGAAUUUAUUUGCAUAAAGUUGGAAUUAAAUGGAAUGCAAAUUAUUAUCAGAAGAUAUAGAUCAUAUGAUUGCUUAUUAAGAAUAAGGAGUAAAAGAAAGAUCAGAAGCAUUAACAAUUUAAGAAGAAUAAGCUGUAGAUUCUUAAUAAUCUUAGUAUGAUGAUUUAAAGGAUAAAGAAAAAGAAUUUUAAUUUGCAUUAAUUUCAAUAAGGGCAAGUACUGUUGCUCAAUAAAUUUAAUAAUUGCAAUAAGAAUUAUUUUCUUUAAAGUAAGUAAGAGUUCUUAAAUAUCCUGGUUUAUUAUUGGCUUUGAUGUUGUUUUUAAAUUAUAAUAAAGAGAAUUUAUUAGAGAAAGGAACUAAUCAAUUAGAUUGGACUGGAGUUAAACAUUAUAUUUGUGAAGAUUUAAUAUAAAAAAUAAUUGAUUAUGAAUAUAGAGGAGCUAAAAAUGAAGAAGUACCAAAAUAUGCUAAAUUGAAUAGAAUUUAAAAAAGAAUUAGUAAAUACAUUGUUGAAUAAGUUGAAGAAUAUAAUGUUUGUUAUGCUAAAAUAUUGAAAUGGAUGCAAUAUAUUAUAAAAUUAAGAGUUUUAGAUAUAGAAAUAAGAAGAGAAAAGAUUGCUAAUCUUAGAAAAUUAAUAUAAGAAACUACUGAAUAAGUAGCUAAAAUCAAAGAAGUAAUUUAUUGUAUCAAUUUAUUUAGGAAAAAGAAUAAAAAUUUGAAGAAUACAAGAAUUCUAUUUAAUAAUAAGAAGAUUAAGAACCACCAAAUAGAGAAGAAUGGGAACUUAAAUAUGAUGAAGAACAUCCUUUGCCUAAAAUUCCAGAAAAUGUACCAGAUGAUGUUGAUAAUGAUUUCGAUGAAGAAUGA